AUGCGUCCCCAAUCCGUCAUAUCGCUCGCUGGCGUCGUCCUACUCGCCCCCAUCGUCUCUUCCACUCGUUUCGAUAUAUAUUCGGGCCGCCAACACGAGACGUCGGGGCUAGGUCCAAACAAGGUCGAUCUAUUCCCUCUCUUGAAGAAGCUGCGCAACGGUGUUGUGGAGUUCGUCUUUGGCCCUCAUCCCGCCAAAGCAACUACCAGCAGUUCUCAUGCUAAAGCGAGUCUUCGUGAUGAUCAUGUCAACGAGGUUGUUCUGCGCUUCAAUCUCACUACUGCCGAAGAGGAGACUGCUUUUGCUGCCGCCGCAGCUCGGACGUUUCUCGACGUCUGGACCUUCAAUCGCGAUUACGUUGACAUUAGGAUUCACAAGAGCGACAUUCGAUCCUUGCUAAGCCUCUUGCCCGGGUCUCUGAAGACAACCUAUUCAACUUUGAUUACAGACCUGGCCGCUGCAGUAUAUGAUACGUAUCCGGCCAUCGACACCCCCACCCAGAUACAUCGUAUUGAUGACCGUCGGGCGAAUCUGAAACCGACGCACAGCGGGAGGGAUAACUACUUCUUCCAAGACUAUCAGAAGCUUGACACAAUCGCCCAAUGGAUGCGUUUAACUGAGGCUAUGUUCCCGUCCAUCACCGAAGCAAUCACCAUCGGACAAUCGUACGAAGGCAGAGACAUCUUGGGGCUCAAAGUGGGAACGAAAACGCGCGUGCCGGGAGCUGAUAGAAGAAAGACUGUUGUCGUGACGGGCGGGAUGCAUGCGCGCGAGUGGAUAUCCACGACCACUACAAACUACGUCGCCUGGUCGUUUAUCACGGCCUUUGGCCGAGAGCCCAUGAUCACUAAAUUGCUGGAGCAUUUUGACUUCGUAUUCAUACCGGCGGUCAACCCCGAUGGCAUCGAGUAUACUUGGACAACGGAUCGACUGUGGCGCAAAUCCAGGCAGCAAACGGGCAUGUCAUGGUGCCGUGGUUUUGACCUGGACCACGCCUUCGGCUAUGAAUGGGGUGAUUUUUUGGAGAACGACCCGUGUUCCGAAAGCUACGGUGGUAAGGAACCAUGGCAGGCUACCGAAGCCGCCGCGUUGGCUACAUGGGCAAAGAAUGCGUCCCGGGAGACAGCCGAGUUCAUUGGUCUCAUCGACCUGCACUCGUAUUCGCAACAGGUUCUUUUCCCAUUUGCCUACUCCUGCAAUGUGGACCCGCCGAACGUCGAAAACCUCGAAGAGCUCGCCGCUGGACUCGCUAAGGCGAUCCGCCUGUCAAACGGUGAAUUGUACUCGGUAACAUCAGCGUGCGAGGGUGCAGUAGCAGGCCGCGGCUCCAAGACAGACGCUAGUCGAAUCGAGGCAGGUGGUGGUUCGGCCAUUGACUGGUUCUAUCAUGAGUUGCAUGCGCAUUACAGCUACCAGAUCAAGCUGAGGGACACGGGAAGCUAUGGCUUUUUACUCCCCAAGGACAACAUCAUUCCUGUCGGUGAAGAGAUAUUCAGUGCCAUGAAGUACUUUGGAGAUUACUUGCUCGGCAAUAACGGGAUUGAAAAGUCGAUUGGAACUGCAAUUCCGACACCGGAAGAGCCAGAUCGCAGCUUAGAGCUCCGGCGUCUGAAGAGGAAGUAA